UUGUUCAUUGCUUGAAGGCACCUGGGUGUAAUUAUCCAAAAGGGAGAAAAGCCGGUUCCCAACAGAGAUGUUUGUCUCACCUGUGCAUCACGCUAGGGCAGGAUCUCCAGAUCUUUCUCCAGCCCUUUCCGGCCUCUAUCUGCCCCGAUCUCCUGAGAGCCCUUACUUGGGCAUGAUGGAACCAACUGGGAUCUUCUGCAGCAAACCGAGUGAAGAGGUCAUCUACAAGGUCCGAGUGACCACUGGCCAAGGGCUCCUGACCGGGACCUUCGACUUGGUCUCCAUCACCUUGGUGGGGACCAAUGGAGAGAGCCCCAAGCAACUUCUGAACCGGGCCGGUACCAGCUGUUCCCGGGGAUCGGUAGACGACCAGGAAGUCGCCUGUGACCAUGACCUGGGCCAAAUCCUCCUGAUCCGACUGCAUAAGGACCCUUAUUCCUUCUUCCCUGAAAGCAGCUGGUUCUGCAGUUCUGUCCAGGUGACAUCCCCGCAGGGGGAGUGCUACCAGUUCCCUUGUUACCAAUGGAUCGAGGGCUAUUGCACAAUCUCCCUGAGAGAAGGGGCAGCCAAGACUCCAUCGGAUGACAAUCAUUACCUGGAGCGGAGGCAUCGCCGAGAGGAGCUGGUGACCAGGCACAACAAAUAUGGAUGGAAGGAAUACCUCCCAGGAGUUCCCAGCUGUGCUGACAUCGACACGGCCCUGUCUCUGGAGUACAACCUCCAGUAUUCAUUCCCUAAAGCCACCGCCUUUUUCGGGCGUGGGACGGUGGCGAUGUUCGAGGCCAAAGUGAAGGGCUUCCUGGACAAGCCGUUUUCCUGGGGGAAGCUUGAGGACAUCCGGAAGGUCUUCUGGUUCUACCACACCCCUGUCACAGAGUACGUGUUUAACCACUGGAAGGAUGAUGAGUUCUUUGGCUACCAGUUCUUAAAUGGAAUCAACCCGGGGAUGAUCCGGAAGUGCACCAGGAUCCCAGACAAUUUCCCUGUGACCCAGGAAAUGGUGGCAGGAUCUCUGGGGAAAUACACCACCCUCCAAGAAGAGCUGAAGAAAGGGACCAUUUUCCUUGUUGACUAUAAGAUCCUCGAGGGCAUUCCUACCGUCCAGCUGAACGGCAAACGCCAGUACAUCGCGGCUCCUCUGUGCCUACUGCACCAAAGACCCACCGGAGAAGUCAUCCCUCUAGCCAUUCAGCUCAGCCAGCACCCGGGCCCCAAAAAUCCCAUUUUCCUGCCCACCGAUGAAGAAUGGAUCUGGACGCUGGCCAAGACCUGGGUGCGCAACUCCGAAUUCCACACCCACGAGGUGAUCACCCACCUCCUCUGUGGCCAUCUCAUGGCCGAGGUCUUUUCUGUGGCGACCCUGCGACAGCUGCCAAUGUGCCACCCGUUGUAUAAGCUCCUGAUUCCUCACCUCCGGUAUUCAAUCCACAUCAACGUGCUGGCUAGAACAUACCUUACCAACCAAGGAGGCGUCUUUGACAGGGCCAUCGCGAUUGGGCGCCAGGGGUUAGCCGUGCUUCUCAAAAAGGCCCUGGAGAACUUGACCUACACGGAUCUUUGCCUCCCAGAUAACAUCGAGGCCCGCGGAGUCAGCUUGCUUCAACAUUAUUACUACCGAGAUGAUGGGCUGAAGAUCUGGGAUGCCAUUGAGAGCUUCGUCGCUGGCAUUGUGGAACUCUACUAUACAAACAAUUUAGCUGUCCAGAGGGAUUAUGAGUUACAGGCUUGGGUCUGUGAUAUCUUCUCCAAGGGUUUCCUGGCCAAGCGAUCCUCAGGUAUCCCUUCCUCCAUCCGCUCGGUCCCGGAGCUCACCAAGUUUUUGACCAUGGUCAUCUUCACUUGUUCGGCCCACCAUGCAGCCGUCAAUAGUGGACAGUUUGAACUGGGGGCCUUCAUGCCCAACUUGCCAUCUUCAAUGAGGAAGCCCCCACCCCAGGUUAAAGCCCCGAUAACGUUGGAGGAGUUCCUGGAUAUCAUCCCUGAGAUGAACACCACCAGCCUGGUCCUCUCUGUCCUCUGGGUCUUGCGCAACGAGGACUUUGACAUGAAGCCACUGGGGCAAUACCACGAAGAGCAUUUCACCGAGGAAGAGCCAAAACAGCUCAUCAAGGCUUUCCAACAACGUCUUGAGCACAUUUCGGAGGAAAUUAAGAUGAGGAACGAGUUGCUGGCGGUGCCCUAUACCUACCUCUACCCACCCAACAUAGAGAACAGCACAGCUAUCUAA